AUGUCUUCCGCAGUGGACCACGAGGGUCCGGAAUCCUUAAGCCAGGAGAAGGGUGUGGAACAAUUUCAGCAUAUUGAACAAGCAGAAAGCCUUUCCGAUAGAAAUUUCGUGUAUGAAGGUGAUGAAGAGCCCGAGAUUCAUACGCAGACAUACUUCACGUUGGCUGCUAUGUUUCUUCUCAACCUGGUACAAGUCUUUGGUCUCCUGGGGCCUCCAUCAGGCCUGUCCUAUAUCGAAAAAGACCUAAACAAUACCGUGGCUGGUACAUGGGUUCCGAAUUCACUCUCCCUUGUUCAAGCCGUCCUCGCCCCUCUCAUAUCUUCUGCAUCAGAUACCUUCCAAGCCCGCAAAGCACUACUAGUUGGUCCAGCUGUUAUAUCAUUUAUUGGCUGUGCGAUAGCGCCAGGUUCGGACAGUAUAUAUCGUCUUAUCGCUGCUCAGGUCUUGAUCGGAUUCGGAUUUGCCACUGUACCGUUGGCAUAUUGUAUUCCCAGUGAGAUUCUUCCACGAAAGUGGCGACCGAUGGCACAAGCCUUUAUGAACAUUGCGGCUGCCCUUGGUGCCUGCUCGGGUCCUUUGAUCAUUGGGUCAUUGACCAAAAAGAACCCGCACACCGGCUGGCGUUACUUCUACUGGAUUCAAAUGGCCCUCUGGGGGAUAACAGCAGUCUGCCUCUUUGUUGGCUACAAACCACCGAAACGACACACCUGCUUAGAUCAUUUACCGUUUUGGAAGAAGCUUGGUCGACUUGAUCUUCCUGGAUCUUUCCUGUUGACGGCAGGGCUUACAUUACUACUUACUGGCCUUAAUCUCGGUGGUGGUCUCUAUCCCUGGGCCAGUGCUUCGGUGUUAGCGGCCUUGAUCACUGGCAUCCUUACCCUAGUGGCCUUUGGUAUUUAUGAGUGGAGAUUCACCACAACUGGGAUUCUUCAUCAUGAUCUCUUUAGGGGCGUUAAUCAAACUGGUUGCACUUUUGGAAUCUGCAUCGGCCUCAUCUUUAUUGAGGGCAUUUUCCUCUUUGCCUACGUCAUCUUUUAUCCAGUCCUAACCACAUCACUCUUUGGAACGGAUGCUUUCCUUGAUGCUGCUAGACAACAACCUUACUGGAUUUCCUCAGCCCUGAGUACCUUGUUAUACGGAUACAUAAGCGUGAAGUUCCGCACUAUACGUUUCCCAAUGGUAGCCGGAUUUAUGAUAUUCACUGGCGGUAUUGUCGGACUAGCAACCAUCCAGCCUGGAGAUGAUAUCAAUGCCCUUGCAUUCGCCGCCCUUACCGGCCUUGGAUUUGGAGCACCCCUUAUACUCGUUAUCGCCGGCGUUCAGCUCUCAGUACCGCACCACCUCAUUGCAACGGCAAGCGCUGCUACUACAUGUUCCAGAGCUGUGGCUACGGCAGUCUUCACGGCAAUUGCGUCCGCGGCACUGAAUAGUCGGUUGGAGAAGUAUAUCCCCGCAUAUACAGCCCAAGCAGCUCUUGAGGUGGGCCUCCCAGAGUUUUCUCUUGCUGAGUUCAUCAAGGCUCUCACAUCACAGGAUACUGCAGCACUUCAGAAAGUGACGGGCGUUAGUUCCCACAUUAUCGCCGCUGGUGUUACGGCUCUCGAACAGGCAUAUGCGGACGGCAUCCGAAUUGUCUUCAUCAUCGCAGCCCCUUUCGGCGUCGUGGCUAUCAUCUCUUGUGUUUUCCUGGGUGAUUUGAAGAGCAUUAUGAACUAUGGAGUUGAUGCGCCGGUCGAAGAGCUACAUGCUAAGCAUCCUCGCCAGGAUAAAGUCUAG